UUUAGCGACAUCACUCGACCAUUGGGAGAAUCAUUUAAGGCUUUUUUAGGACAAUGGUCACCAACCUACAAGUGCCAAAUUAAUGUCAUGUAUACCAUCCUCUCUGGGCUAUACUUAUGUUCACACACAAUGGUGUUAGUCAAAACAAGCGUUGUUAUUGGCCGAGUGGAGUUCUUUCAAUCACCUCGUGAUGUCGCUGAAGAUAAGUUAAACCGAUUUGCUGCCGACCAUGAAGACUUCUGACGUUUUUCUUCCAUACUUUGAAGACAGCCGUGAACAUUUUAGACAAGUGCAUUCAUUAUUCUAAAAUUACCGUGGAAGGGUAUUAAUAUGAACACGGACGAAUAGUUGUUCUCAUUCUCUCUGCUUGUUCCAUGGUAUGGAAGCUGCUCGGGAGAUGGCGUAGCUGUAGCUUUUGAAAUUGUGACUCUUUGACUUUUGGUUCCUAUAACCUCGUGUUGUGCUUUUGUGUUCGGCGGGUCGCGAUCAGGUGAAGUAUUGUUGUACUUUUGUACUAUAAAUUGCACGAGAUAUUGCAAUUUAAUAUCGAAGAUAUUGAUCCAAAGCCUUGCUUCAAAUUCACUCUCAGAAGGCAGAGGUAUUCUGAGCAAUCAUGAGCCGAUUUUUUCAACAAGGGUCCGAUUCAGAGACCGAAACUUCAUCUGAGGAAGAUGUACCCCAGCGAGCACCCGUCGCUGCUUUUACGUUCAGCGACGAAGAAGAAGAUACCAAAAGAGUUGUACGUUCUGCAAAAGAGAAGAGAUAUGAAGAAUUGCAUAACCUUAUCAAACAGAUCAGGAAUUAUCGAAAAAUCAAAGACAUGAGUAGUAUGCUUUCAAGUUUUGAGGAUUUAAUGAGAGCUUAUACUAAAGCAAUUCCAGUAAUUAACAAAGAAGAAAAUGGAGUUACUCCAAGAUUUUACGUGCGUUGCUUGGUUGAAGUUGAAGACUUCAUUAAUGAAAUGUGGGAAGAUAGAGAAGGAAGGAAAAAUAUGUCAAAAAAUAGUUCGAAAUCUUUGACAUCAUUGCGCCAAAAAUUGAGGAAAUACAAUAAAGAUUUUGAAGAUGAUUUGGCAAAAUUCCGUGAGAACCCAGACCAAGGGGAUGAAGAGGAGGAGGAAGAGAAAGAGGCUCAACCAGAUUCAGAUGAUGACGAUGACGAGGAAGAAGAUCCAAAAAUGGCAUUCAGAAAGGAUGGAUCUGAAUCCAGUGCAGGUGCAUCCAAAUUUGCAAAGAAAGCAGUUACUGAUGAUGAUGAUGAAAGUGAUGACUCUGAUUGGGAUUCGGAUCCUGAGAGUUCAUCAGAAAGUAGUGAUCCGGAGGAUAAGAAUCUGACUUUGCGAGAGAAGUUCUUAAAGAGAACUACUGACAAGGAGGAAGAGGAGAAAAAAGAGAAGAAAGAUAAAAAAGACAGGAGAGACAAGGAAAAGAAGCAGAGGAAAGAUGAUGAAGAGGGUGAAUGGGAAACUGUUAGAGGGAGUGGAGCAAUACCAUCAGAAAAGCCUAAAAUGUUUGCUAAAGAUGCAGAAAUUGAUUUAAAUCUGGUGGUAAAGAAACUGAAUGAGAUUGUUGCUGCUCGAGGCAAAAAGCGCACUGAUCGCCGUGAGCAAAUCAAACUUUUACAUGAGCUUUGGAAUGUAGCAGAUGCUCACAAUUUAGGACCAGCUAUAGCUAUUAAAAUUAAAUUUGCUAUAGUUUCUUCCAUCUUUGACUACAAUCCUAAAUUCUCUGAAGCGAUGAAACCAGAAUACUGGGCCAAAUUACUUGACAACAUUGAUGAAUGUGUGGAACAGCUUUUGGCCACUCCUGAGAUUAUGGUUGGAGAGCAAGUUCUGGAAGAAAAUGAAAUACUGGACAAAGCUCCAUAUAAAGUUCGAGGUUGUAUUUUAACUAUUGUUGAACGACUUGAUGAAGAAUUUAUCAAGUUAUUGAAGGAAUGUGAUCCUCAUAGUAAUGAAUAUGUUGAAAGAUUGAAGGAUGAGAAGAGAGUUUCGCACAUAAUUGAUAAAGUUCAAGAAUAUUUGGAACGACAAGGAGUUUCUUCUGAAUUAUGUCGUAUUUAUCUUCGGAAAAUUGAACAUGUUUAUUAUAAAUUUGAUCCAGAAGUUCUGAAGCAGAAAGAGGGAGAAUUGCCACCUGAUACUGUAACAAGUGUUCAAGUGAUGGAAAAACUCUGCAAGUUUGUGUACGCCAAAGAUGCAACUGACAGAUUGCGUACCCGUGCCAUUUUAUCUCAUAUCUAUCAUCAUGCUCUACAUGACAACUGGUUCCAAGCUAGAGAUCUGAUACUUAUGUCUCACUUACAAGAAGCAAUUCAGCAUUCGGAUCCUCCUACCCAGAUCCUGUACAAUCGAACAAUGGCACACCUGGGUCUCUGUGCCUUCCGACAUGCCAACAUCAAAGAUGCACAUAAUUGUUUAGUGGAUUUGAUGAUGACUGGUAAAGUCAAGGAAUUGUUGGCGCAGGGUUUGUUACCUCAGAGGCAACAUGAAAGGAGCAAAGAACAAGAGAAAAUUGAAAAACAGCGACAAAUGCCAUUCCAUAUGCACAUUAAUCUUGAAUUGUUGGAAUGUGUUUAUCUAGUUUCAGCCAUGCUUAUUGAAAUUCCUUAUAUGGCUGCUCAUGAGUUUGAUGCUCGCAGAAGAAUGAUUUCCAAGACCUUUUAUCAGCAACUCCGCUCAAGUGAGAGACAGUCACUUGUUGGUCCUCCUGAAUCAAUGAGGGAACACAUAGUUGCUGCAUCUAAAGCCAUGAGAAAUGGAAAUUGGUCUGCUUGUAAAAAUUUUGUUAUUAAUCCCAAAAUGAAUGCAAAGGUGUGGGAUUUGUUUCAUCAAGCUGAAAAAGUUCAAGAAAUGUUGAGUCGAUUAAUUCAAGAGGAGGCUUUACGCACCUAUCUUUUCACUUAUUCACAUGUGUAUGAUUCAAUUUCAAUGGCUACUCUUGCUGAAAUGUUUGAAUUGAGCAGGCCUAUAGUUCAUUCCAUAAUUAGUAAAAUGAUUAUUAAUGAAGAAUUGAAGGCAUCACUUGAUGAUCCAACUCAAACUGUUGUUAUGCAUCGUAGUGAACCUAGUCGUUUACAGUCACUUGCAUUACAGCUCACUGAUAAAGUACAUAAUUUUGUUGAUUCCAAUGAGAGAAUAUUCGAAAUGAAACAAGGUAAUUUCUUCAACCGUGGAGGUGGUGGUCAGGGCUUCCGUGGCCGUGAGAACUUUGGACGACAGGGACAAGAUUGGGGAAGACGUCGAGAGCGAGGAGAAAGAGCCUACUGAUAACAUAGUCCCAGUUAUUUUAAUUUUGCUUCUUUGGAUGUUAAAUCAAGAGAACCAUAAUAGAAAUUUUCUAUGUCCAUUAUAUCAUGAAUUAUAUGUACAUUAAAAUUGUGUAUAAUUUCUAUGACAAUGUUAAAAGGUAAAUGGUCAAUCUUAAACACACAAUUUGGAAUUAUGUUUUGAAAUGUUCUGUGAAUUAGCCAAAAUAUACUACCAUCUUGAAUUAUGGAUCUUUGAAUUGUUUCCAAUAUAAUUCUAAUGAAUUUUCCUGUUUUUGUCUCUUAGACUUUUUAGUGUUAAACAACAAGUGAUUGUUGAUCUUCCUCAUAUAUUUUACUAUCUCGCCACAGCUUACACAGUAUAGAGAAAGUAUUGUAAUUCUAUGGGGGAACCGGCUAAUUUUUUAUACAAAAACUCAUAUUGUAGGGCCCUGGUAACAAAAUUGGGGAUAAAGCUUGUCCCUAGAUGUAGUCAAUUUCUUCCUCUAAUACAUUCUGUAGUCAGAAUCCAUGUUUGCGAGUCCGUGAUACCAAAAAAUUGAUUGAGUGGUCAACGCUAGUUUCUAAACCAUUGAACCUUUCUCCAAAAUUGAUUUUCCCCCAUGGAUUUGGCUGAUGUCAGGGGCCCCAUGAAUUUGAAACCCAUAUUUUCAAUUGGGGGAGGGUGUUCUUUAUAUGAAGCCCGUCAGACAUUUCAAAUUUCAACAUUAAUUUUCAAAAUUAUACAAAAAAAAGGGUCAAAUUUUUUUAUUAAUUUUUUUUUUGGAUUGUAUAAAGGCUGAAAAUGGUGCAAUUUCAUGGUCUUAAAAAUAACAUAUUUUUUAAAAUUUACAAAAGUACAAUUUUUUGGGGCACCUUCCUACAACUAUAAUAUUGAAGAUGAAGAUUUGUUUCCUUUAUGAAAUCUUAUCCUUAAAACACAUCUUGAAAUAAUGUCCUAUUCAAUUUUUCAAAAAUAUGAAUAGCAUUCUUGUGAUUUUGCAUGAAAUAU